AUGAAAAGCUGCUUUUGUCUGAAAAGGAAGGACGCAGUGCCACGAGUAACAAAAUCCUCUAAGAUGCCUGAGGUUCGGGAUCUAUCUGACGCCCUGCCCGACAUGCCCAUGGAUCCCAUCACCGGAGUUGGGGUCGUGGCAUCGCGAAACCGAGCCCCUACUGGAUACGACGUGGUUUCUCAGACUACAGACGGGAUGGAUGCAGACCUGUGGAAAGAUGGCCUGUUCAAAUCCAAGGUGACCCGGUACCUCUGCUUCACCAGGGUUUUCUCCAAAGAAAACAGUCAUUUGGGAAACGUAUUGGUUGACAUGAAGUUGAUUGACAUCAAAGACACCCUACCCGUGGGCUUCAUUCCCAUCCAGGAGACGGUAGACACACAGGAGCCAGCGUUCAGGAAGAGGAGGUUGUGUAUUAAGUUUAUCCCUCGGGACUCCACAGAGGCUGCCAUCUGUGACAUCCGUAUCCUGGGCAGGUCCAAACAGGCCCCGCCCCAGUAUACCUUCAUAGGAGAGCUGAACAGCAUGGGGAUCUGGUACCGCAUGGGUAAAGUGCCACGAGCCCAGGACUCUUGCCCCAUCCAGAACAGCACCACCCCCGGCAGCACCACUGUCCAGACAGUCAGCACCAACUCCACACCGGCUCCAGUAUUGCCCAAACAUAUAUCCAUGACCCUCCCGGCCAGUUUCAGAAAGAGUACCACCAGACCCGACUACGAGCACCAGAACUCCAACCUCUAUGCCAUCUCAGCUAUGGAUGGAGUCCCUUUCAUGAUCUCUGAGAAAUUUGCCUGUGCCUCCAGCGAUCUCCAGCAGGUGGAUCUGAUGGGCAUAAGGAUUAAAACACUGGCAGAAAUCGAGAAAGAGUAUGACUACAGCUUCCGUACAGAGCACAGCGCUGCAGCCCGACUGCCCCCCAGCCCAACCCGGACGUCUCUGGGAUCCGAGGCCUGAGUAGAGAAUGCUGUCUGAGAGAGAGGGAGAGAGAGAGAGAGAGAGAGAGGAUGUACUACUGAGAGACAACAAAGACAAACUGAAAAAACAAAGGAUGCUUCCUCCUCCAUCUUUCCUGAUCCUUCUCACCUGAACAAUGAUCUCCUUUUCCACCUUCUCCUCAUUCAGAACAACGAUCUCCUUUUCCACCUUCUCCUCAUUCAGAACAACAAUCUCCUUUUCCACUUCCUGCUCCUGCAAAACAACCUACUCCUUCACACAACUAAGAAGAACAAAACAAAAAAAUUCGUUUUGAAAGACAGUGUGGGUGUAAAAGAAACAUUCAGUUUUUCACAUUCACUUCAACAAACUGAUAUCGUGAGAAAACGUCUUUUAUCUGUGAUGUCCCAUGUUUAUUUUCAUGCUGCUGACUGGUACAGGAGGAUGUGGGUCAUUAGGGAUGUCACAAACCCUACGCUCCAGUGUUCCCAGUAAAACCACUACCUAUCAAAGGGAUGACGCAAUGUUUGACCAUGCCGAGAGCCAGGACGGGC